AUGACCUUCGUCACCGCCCUUGUCGUCGCGGUUGCCAUACACACAGUUGUCGGCAGUAUCAAGACUCCGCUGGCCUCCGCACCCAUCUCAGACCGCAACAUCACCCGCAUAUCUUCAAAUUCGACCAGCCGUGAACCCAACGGACUACACCCCACGGUGGCCUUCUGGGACGAUGAUUAUGCCGCGGAGGAGGAUUGGAACAAGAAUGCAGCCAAAGGAGGCGCCCUGAUCUGUGGUCUCGAAGGCUCUGAUCAGACCGCAGGCCGUCAGAUGAAAGAUACUCGCGAACCCCCAUCUGCUGCAAGGCCUUACAAUAGUGACCUCAAGAUAGGGCUUCAGGACUGGGUCGAGCAUUGGGACCCAGAGAAAAGAGAUAAUGAGGGCAACCAGAUCCCGGCUAUCAAUCAGUGGUACAGCACAGCAGGUAACAGCAAGCAAUACAGAGCAACAAAGGCGCAUUUUGAAUUCGGAAUCAACACCAAAGGAGGCGCUAUCUAUGGUCUCUUCCUUGAAAGCCCUCAAGCAUCCGCCAAGACUAUCUGGGGCGGUGGUACGAAGGAGCCGAACAAAGACGAUCUACCUCAACUUCGCGCUUUCUCAGACAUCAUCUGGGGAUUUUGGGUUCGUAACAACCCCAAUAUCAAGAACAUUCGCCACUUCUUCAUGAUAGCCAUCUCCAACGAGGUGACUAAUCAAAUCAUCGCUUCUUGUCUACGCGACCGUAACACCGAACUAAGCGAGUGGCCGGGAACCAACUUCUCUACCACUACGGAUCCGGGCCAUGCGCUGCUAGGCUAG